AUGACAACCAUUUCUCUUCUGUUGCAAAAGGCGAAGCCAUUUCUUCUCGUCAUUUUCUUACAAGCCGGUCUGUCCGGAAUGGACAUUAUAUCAAAAGUUGCGUUAGAUAAUGGAAUGAGCAACUUUGUUUUUGUUGUUUAUAGGCAUUUAGUUGCCACAAUUAUUAUGGCGCCUUUUGCUUUGGCGCUAGACAGGAAUAUCAGGCCAAAGAUGACUUGGUCUAUAUUUUUCAAGAUAAUGGCUAUGAGUCUACUAGAGCCAGUGAUAGGCCAAAAUCUCUACUUUUUGGGUAUGAAGUACACAACGGCCACGUCUGCGGCGGCCAUGUCCAACGUGCUUCCAGCCAUAACUUUCGUAAUAGCGUUAUGCUUCAGGCUUGAGAAAUUAAAGAUAACUAGCAUACGCAGCCAGGCCAAGAUUAUUGGGACACUUGCCACGGUUGCAGGGGCCAUGAUCAUGACAUUUGUAAUAGGCCCAAAUUUGGGCCUGCCAUGGACCAAAAAAGGCUCGGCCUAUAAUCAACACCACCAAACCGUGACCCUCCAAGAUUCGAUCAAGGGUGCAGUCAUGAUCAUCGCCGGAUGCCUGAGUUGGGCCUGUUUCAUUAUCUUGCAGGCAGUGACUUCACGGACAUAUCCAACUGAUCUAUCUAUGACUGUAUGGAUUUGUUUACUAGCAACUGUGGAGGGCGCGGCCGUGGCCCUUGUCGCGGAGAAUCGGAAUCCGGCAGCUUGGGCCAUAAAGUGGGACACCAAGCUUCUUGCAGUUGUCUAUACUGGAGUGUUUUGUACGGGCAUCGCAUACUACGUGCAAGGCGUAGUAAUGAAAGAGAGAGGCCCGGUUUUUGUGUCUGCAUUUAGCCCUUUGAACAUGGUUAUUGUCGCGAUUUUGAGCUCGAUUAUUCUGGCAGAGCAAAUGUACUUGGGAAGGGUGGUUGGUGCAGUUAUAAUAAUUAUAGGGCUCUAUUUUGUUAAUUGGGGCAAAAACAAAGACUAUGAAACCCCAAGAUUGGAGGUUGUUACAAAUAUGACUGUAUAG